UGCGGGCGAGGAUGAGAUGAGGAGCAGCAGAGGAAGUGGGAGGAUCGUGGUUCGUAACUCAAUGCAACUGGACUGCAUCUCAACUCUCUCUCACUCCAUACUUUGUGCAGCCGUUUCCUACCUGCGCUGCAACUUCUGAAGCCCCCAUCUGCUGCUGCACUCCGGUUUAGAGAAGGACCCUUCGUUUUCUGCUGCUUAAUUGGAUGCUUCCGACCAAGAUGAUCAUUAUCGCGUUCGAGUUCUUGGUGGUGAUUCUCAAGGUGCUCUGGGCUUUUGUAACAGCCGGCUGUAAAUGGGUGGUGCGACCCAAGGAGAAGAGUGUGGCCGGACAGGUGUGCGUAAUCACCGGGGCUGGAAGUGGCCUCGGCCGGCUCUUCGCCAAAGAGUUUGCCCGGAGAAGAGCCAUCCUGGUGCUAUGGGACAUUAACAGCCAGAGUAAUGAGGAAACAGCCGAGAUGGUGAGGCAGAUUUACCACGAGCUGGACACUCCCAUCACCAAAGACGGACCUGUUGGAGGGGUCGAGGAGGUCCCCCCUUUCCAGCCGCAGGUCUACACCUAUGUGUGUGACGUGGGGAAGCGUGAGAAUGUGUAUGCCACAGCUGAGAAGGUGCGUCGCGAGGUGGGCAACGUGGACAUACUGAUCAACAACGCUGGCGUGGUCUCCGGACACCACCUCCUGGAGUGCCCCGACGAGCUGAUUGAGCGCACCAUGGUGGUCAACUGCCAUGCACACUUCUGGACCACCAAGGCGUUCCUCCCCAAGAUGCUGGAGCUGAAUCACGGCCACAUUGUAACGGUUGCCAGCUCCCUGGGUUUAUUCAGCACAGCUGGAGUGGAGGACUACUGCGCCAGUAAGUUUGGUGCCAUCGGGUUCCACGAGUCGCUGAGCCACGAGAUAAAGGCCUCGGAGAAGGAGGGCAUCAACAUGACGCUGGUGUGCCCUUACCUGGUGGACACGGGAAUGUUCAAAGGCUGCCGGAUAAGGAAGGAGAUCGAGCCCUUCCUCCCCCCCCUGAAGCCUGAGUUCUGUGUGAAGCAGUCCAUGAGGGCCAUCCUCACCGACCAGCCCAUGAUCUGCACGCCUCGCAUCGUCUAUAUGGUGAACUUCAUGAAAAGCAUCCUCCCCUUCGAGGCCAUCGUCUGCAUGUACCGGUUCCUGGGCGCCGACAAGUGUAUGUACCCGUUCCUGGCUCAGAGGAAGGAGGCCAUGAACAACAACGAGGCGAAGAACGGGAUCUAGGGAGGGGGGGGGGACGCUGUUUGUCACACGAACAGAGGCACAUAAACCUGCAAGCAUGAGGAAACAACCACUGAGGAUGAAGAUGGGGAAAGGAGGAGAGACUGAUUAGACUGGUGCACUUGCAUGGAGCAGAUGCAAAGGUUUACCAUAUCGUUCCUCUGGAACAAAGAAAGCUGUGUACUACACAAAGGAUCUAUUUGACUUUGUUUUGUCUUUUUUGUAAGUUUAAAGAAACCAACAUCUAUAUACUGUGUCACUAGUUUUUGAAAUCAUACAGAAAAGCUAUCCUAUAAUUAACUAUUUACGUAAUGUAGUCACCAGCCUUAUGUAGUGUCGUUGUGGAGGUAUACAGUAUGUUACUGUACAGACAGUAAAACGUGUUUUUCACUCUUAUUUUAUUUUUGUAGACAUGCACUGUAAUUCAGAUUGUUCUCCACACUGCCGGCGCUCUGUGUGCAGGACGGUUCAGCAUUUCAAAGCCCCCCCCCACACACACACACACACACACACAGACACACACACCGAGGCUCUUUCAGGACAUUGGUUUGCAGCUGAUUAAAGAUAGAGACGUCCCGUGUAAAGGCCAGACCGUGGCUGAAUUAAAUCUCCUUUUUUAUAUUCUGGGCCUCUGAGAAACAUGUUGAACCAGCAUGCACUCACUGUACUGCUUUGGGGAGGAAAUAAAUGUGUCUUUUUAUUUUCAAUAUCUGUGGUGUUUAUAUUGUAAAUUUAUCUGUUACCAAUAUUAUUAUUUGUUCAAAAAAAAAGCAACCCUUGGCUGUCCCAGUAACACUCUAACUCCACGUGUCCCGUUAAAUGUCUAAAUGUUGUGCGUGCCCCGAGGUGACUGUCUCCUCCAUAUUUGAUGUAUGAAUAUUUUAUAUACCUUUGGGACGACGAGAGUUCUCGAAUUUCAACGACAUUCCAGUAGGCCUCAUCCCCCCACCCCGUCACAGCGAUGAGCCUAAAUUCUCUACCUCUUAAUUUGUUUUUUUGACAGUAUGACAUAAGCCUUUUUUUUCUUUUGUAAUUUUCUGAAGACCGCUCCAAAUCCGAGCACAUGUGGUUCCAAUGUUUAGUGUCUCUACCUAACUUAAAUUAAUAAAAGUGAUUUAGAUUAUUA